AUGAUGUCCAUGAACAGCAAGCAGGCGUUCAGCAUGCACCCCAUCCUGCACGAGCCCAAGUACCCGCACCUGCACACCAGCUCCGAAGCCAUCCGCAGAGCCUGCCUGCCCGCCCCCCAGAUCCAGGGGAACAUCUUUGCGGGCUUUGACGAGACGCUGCUGCGGGGCGCCGAGGCUCUGGCCGCCGUGGAUAUCGUGUCGCAGAAAACCCACCCCUUCAAGCCGGACGCCACCUACCACACCAUGAGCAGCGUGUCCUGCACUCCUACCUCGUCCUCGGUCCACCUGCACCACCCGUCCGUGCUGAGCACGCACCACCCCCACCACCACCACCACCAGCCCUCGCAGGGCCUGGACGGGGAGCUGCUGGACCACCUCAACUCCGCCCUCCCGCUCGGAGGGGUGCCGGGCCCCGACGUGGGCUCCACGCCUUCGCACCCGCACUCCCACAUGUCGGCCAUCAACCACAUGGCCCACCACUCCCAGCCCAUGAACAUGUCCCACCCCCACGGCCUGGCGUCCCACGCCGUCAUCUCCGGCCCCGAGACGGAGACGGACCCGCGGGAGCUCGAGUCCUUCGCCGAGCGCUUCAAGCAGCGGAGGAUCAAGCUGGGGGUCACCCAGGCGGACGUGGGCUCCGCGCUGGCCAACCUGAAGAUCCCGGGGGUGGGCUGCCUUAGCCAAAGCACCAUCUGCAGGUUCGAGUCGCUCACCUUGUCCCACAACAACAUGGUGGCCCUCAAGCCCAUCCUGGAAGCGUGGCUGGAGGAGGCGGAGAGGGCGCAGAGGGAGAAAAUGACCAAACCCGAGAUCUACACGGGGGGGGACAAGAAGCGCAAGCGCACGUCCAUCGCCGCCCCCGAGAAGCGCUCGCUCGAGGCCUAUUUCGCCGUCCAGCCCCGGCCCUCCUCCGAGAAAAUCGCCGCCAUCGCCGAGAAGUUAGACUUGAAGAAGAACGUGGUGCGGGUCUGGUUUUGCAAUCAGAGACAGAAGCAGAAAAGGAUGAAAUUUUCUGCCACCUACUGAGGAAGGGGCUGGGGAGGCAGCGGUGCGGGGGGUGCUGCCCUCCCGACCGCCCCCCCGGCCCU